CAUUGCACAGCCCGCCACCGAAUAAUGUCGCGCCGAAGGAUGCGACUUGAGCCUCGUGCAGCCGCAGCAGUUCCACUCAGCCCCGGGUGAGCAGCACAACAGAGCGAUGAAACGCGGGGCCUUGCUGCCUGCUACUGCGCCCCCAUGCCCGCCGUUUGCUCACGAGCUUUCACCAUCGCCGCCGUUGGCCGUUAGACGCGGACUCCGUGCGCCUUGUCACCGCGCCAGCUAGCCUCGCUGCUCCUUUACAUUUAGACUACCUAGGAACACCUCUCUCCACCUGCUAUCACCUCACGUCGCCCGCAAUUGCAGCCAGCCGCCGCCGCCGCCAUGCAGCGCAUGCAGCGGACCUUUGGGCGCUUCCUGCCCCGGACGCCCAACGAAGCCGACAUUGAGGGCAUGCUGCGCGACUUCAAUGAUUCCGACCAGAUGCUGGAAAGGAUCGAAGAGGCCGCAAAGCAAUGGCGCGACGCGUGGACCAACAUCCUCAACCACCAGCUCGCUUCCAUCGAGCACAUGCACAGCCUAUACAAACCAUUAGGCGCAAAGGGGGGAGAAUUCGGCUCCCGCGACCAUGCGGACACCCCACCGGCGACCUUGGAGCGCUGCGUUAAGCUGCAGGAAGCCUUUGCGGAGCUCAAGACGGACAUGAUGGAGGAAGUCAAGGAUAUUGAGAAGAAGCUCAUCAUACCGGCCAAGUUAGCCAGGGACUCGCUCAAGCCUAUGAAGAAGGCAAUCAAGAAGCGCGAGGACAAAAAGGUGGACUACGAGCGAUACAAGGGCCGCGCCGAAACCCUCCAGAAGAAGAAGACACGCUCCGAUCGCGACAACAUUGCCUUGAACAAGCACGAGGCCGAUCUCGCCAAGGCCACCCACGAGUACCAGUACGCAGACGAGGCCCUUCGCACCCAAUUGCCUAGACUCAAUGCCGCCACCUUCUCGCUCCUCCCCCACCUACUCGCGAACCAGAUCGUACUUCAGAACAACUUGAUUGGAAAUCUCUACACAGUUCUGAACCAGUACUCUCACGAGCAGGGAUACCCUGACCCGCCUCCUGAGCCUGACGAAGUCAUACCUAUCUGGGAUGCUGCGUUUACUCCACUGCGAAAGGAGAUUGAAAAUAGUCUUGAGAUGUUGAGGACUGGCAAGGCGAUUCAUAACCCUAUGAGGCUGCCCGACAAGGGAGAGACGGUGACCGGGCUGGGAAUCAGGAACAAGGUCAUGCCCGGCAGGAGAGUCAGCAGCAACGAAUCCGUCAACACUCUGCCGGUGAGGACACCAAGACCUGGUUACAAUCUGCCACCGCAUGCAGAGAAUGGUCAGCCGCCCGUUAACUUGGCAAGCAAGCCUUCAAACGGCUCUCUCAAUACUUUAACGCCGAGGAUCGGCUCCCACUCACCCGGCUUGAGCCCUUCCUUGGAGCCCCUAGGCCGGCGUACUUCGGCUGCGUCGUACGCUUCGUCCAACACGACUGGCACGAAUGGUCACGAUGACUACUUCGGUAGGCCACGCAUCGCUUCAACGACUUCAUCGAGCUCCGCGGGAGCAGCCAUGUCUCCGAAUCUAGCAGCGAAGAAGAAGCCACCACCACCCCCACCCCCAAAGAAGAUUGGAUCGUUCCACGGAGAGUAUGUCACAGCCAUGUACGACUUUGACGCCCACAGCGAGGGUGACCUUAGCUUCCGGGAGGGAGACCGCAUCCGGGUGGUGAAGAAGACAAAUAGCUCGCAAGACUGGUGGGAAGGCGAGUUGCGAGGCCAGAGAGGCAGUUUCCCGGCAAACUACGUCAAGUAAUUGCUGGCAUCGUUGCGGCAUUUGGAGGAUUGGCAAGCUUCGGCGCAUAGUGGGCAUGGCAUGGUUUCUGCAUCGGAUAGCCCAAAAUGCGAUUGGUAAUGGUGGUAUUAGAGGAGGAAAACCGGAUGGAGUCACGGUCGUAUCUUCGUAUAAAUUACCAUCCAAGUUUCUCCCUCA